GUAACCGGUAGAGAACCGGGCCGGGUUUGGGGUCCAUAGUGUCAACUCUCACAAGUUUCAAUAAACUCAAUCAACAUUUAUUAUUAUCUCAACUCACAAUCGAAUAUGGCCGCACCUCUUCUUCGCGCUUUCUUCCAUAACUACAAACGCUUUACUAUCGGAGCCGUUGCUUCGCCCCAUCGUCCAUGGUGCAGCGCCGCCAUCAACCCACCGCCGGAUAAACCAAACGAUAAAGUUAACUCCGUCAACAACACCUUGAAUCCUCGGAGUAAUGAGUUCCCCUCGAGUUACCUUCGUUUGGAUGAUGGCCCCGAUUAUCGAAAAUGGAAGGAUAAAGAAGACGAAAUUCUCACGGAUAUUGAACCUAUCGUCUUGCUUACUAAGGAAAUUCUCCACUCGGAAAGGUAUCUGGAUGGAGCGCGACUAACUGUUGAGGACGAGAAAGCUAUAGUAGAGAAGCUCCUUGCUUACCAUCCACACUCUGACGAUAAGAUUGGAUGUGGUCUUGAAUCCAUUAUGGUUGACCGUCAUCCGCAAUUCCGACACUCAAGGUGUCUUUUUGUUGUAAGAACUGAUGGUGGCUGGAUUGAUUUCUCUUAUCAGAAGUGCCUACGAGAAUACAUUAGAGAGAAAUACCCAACUCAUGCUGAGAAGUUUAUUCGAGAACAUCUUAAGCGUGGGAGUAGUUGAUGUAAUACAUAGUGGAAUUCGCUAACUUUGGUAUGCCAGUAUCUGAUAUUGUGACUAAUUUUCACGUCUAUCCCCCUCCACCCCCCACAAUUUUUCGGUGGCUUACCGAGGUUGUGAAUGGUACUUGAUAAUCAUUGAUUGGAACACUAAGCUUGUUCUGAAGGGAAUGCAAAAUGAUUGAAGUGAAUUUCACUUAGUAUACAUGUGGAACACUUUGUUGGCGAUGAAGAAACUGGUAAUUGGGUGACUGGUAGGCAUUAAGGAAUGAAAUUUUGCUGCUUGAUCACCUGUUUUAUCAUAGGAAUUUUUUUUACUAUUGGAUAUCCUUUUUCACUCUCAUAUCAUUUUAAAUGUUUUUGAAUAUAAGCGUGUGCUGUGUUUGGUUGCACAA